GUGAACAGCUCAAAUGUGGUGGGAGUGGAGCCCAGGAUGGGAGUUCACGUGAGGGAGGAGGGAGGACUUUUCAUGCAGACCAUCAUAGGAGACCAGCUGCGCACACCUGAAGACAAACCACAGGUGGAAGUUCGCAUCAAUGGCAUCCCCUCUAAGUGCUCAGCAGACUGUGGCUUUGGCUGGAGUGAGGACAAGACCCCCCUGGUCACCGGCAUCUCUCCUGCACAGGGAUCCAGUAGUCUUGGGACGGUCCUGACCAUCAGUGGAACUGGUUUCCUCAGCCAGAACGCCACCGUUUGGAUCGGAACCACCGAGUGCUCUGUUACCCAAGUCACAGAGACGCGGGUGAGGUGCUCGGUUGGCCCCGCCCCUGCUGGCGUUCAUCCCGUCAUGCUGAGCUUCCCCAGCCUCGGCAACGCGCGUUAUCAAGGAAAUCGGAUCUUCAACUUUACCAGCCAACUCACUGUCUCCUCGCUGUCGCCGACCUCAGGCAGCGUAACAGGUGGCUCGGUGCUGACGGUGACAGGCUUCGGGUUUGGUCCGGACACGGAGGUGACGAUCGGAUCGCAGAUGUGUGAGGUGCUGCAAGUGGACCUCAACCAACUCCAGUGCAGAGUUCCUCCAGCAUCAGUCGGCUCCCAGACGGUGACGGUGACAGUGGGAGAGAUGAGCCAGGCGGCAGCAGACACUUACACCUACAGCGACAGCCUCACCGCAACUAUCACCAGCAUCAACCCACCAACCACCACAGUCAGCGGCCACAGGCUUCUGGUGGUGCGGGGCAAGAAAUUUGGCGUUCAGGGCAACGGCAGCAGAGUGUUUGUAGGCCGGAGAGAGUGCCACCUGGUGGACUGGAACGCUACUACCAUCGUCUGUGCCCUGCCGCCACAGGCCCCCGCCACGUAUCACAUCAUGGUGCAACUAGGCAACCUGGGAUACCCCAAAAUUCGUGCCGGAGUGAACACCACCAUAGAGUAUGUGCUGGAGGUGUCGGGGGUCACCCCACGCCAGGGCUCUCUGUACGGGGGAUCCAGACUCACCAUCACCGGCUCUGGCUUCAGCACCAACACCAGCCACAACACAGUCAUGCUAGGCAACAGGAGCUGUGAUGUCAUCGAGGCCUCUGAGCAUCACAUCCAGUGUGAGGUGCAGUCAGGAGCCAAGACACACACCGUCACCAACCAGGGCUCCCACCCAACGUAUGGGGAGGGCUAUGCGUGGAGCCCCCCGGGCGUGAUGGCCUCGGUGGGGGACACGGUGGCGUGGCGCUGGGAGGCUCCAGCCUUCCUCCAGGACGUCGGCUUCCGGGUCUUCAGCGUGUCCAGCCCCAGCAGCACCACACCUGACGGGGGCGCUUUCACCAGCGGAGACGCCAAGACACCCACUGGUGUUUUCCGCUACCAGUUCACCAGGCCUGGUGUGUACUACUACAGCAGUGGCCAUGUGGACAGUGAGGGCCAGAAGAGCCUCCAGGGGGUGGUGACCGUGCGGCCGUUGGAGCAAGGCAACACACAGCUCCACGUCAGCGUGGCCGGAUUCAACGCCCUCAGCAGACCAGCUCCGAGGCGAAAGAGGAGAGAAGCUGACGAGUGUCCUGCUGUGACGUCCAGCUGCCCUGAUGCUUCCUCCAAUGACAUCAGCUUUGACUUCUCCUCCUGUGCCAGUCCUGCCGUGCAUACCAUAUCGCCCUCCAGUGGCCACGCUUAUGACUACAUCCACAUCCAGGGCGAGGGCUUUGGCAGCCAGGCAUGCGCCGUAGAGGUGAUGGUAGGAGACCACCCGUGCCCUGUGGUCAACAGCACCGCCACCGAGAUCUUCUGUCAGCCCCGGCGCGACAGCUGUGCAGAAAUCGGCACCCCGCUCCCUGUCACCGUGCGCAUCAAAGGCCUCGGUACCGCCAUCAACACAGCGCUGAGCGAGCUGGACCGGCGCUUCGUCUUCCUCCCUGUGGUGAACUCCAUCAGCCUGGACGAGGGCAGCUCCACCGGACACACACACCUGACCAUCAGGGGCUCCGGCUUCGCUCCGUGUCUCAACCCUAACGGAGUGGACCUGGCUGUGAGUGUAGCCGGCCUCCCGUGCGAGACGCUCUGGGCGAACUACACCACGGUCAUGUGUCGCACCUCCCCCUCCAGCUCCUCUCCCCGCAGUGGGCCAGUGGUCGUGCACGUGGGCAGCAUCGCAUCCACCUGCCUGGGAGACGACUGCACCUACACCUACCUGGCCUCUCUGGCUCCACAGGUGAACGCCGUCACCCCCAACACCAUCAAUGGCAAACGCACCACCGUGCUCGUCAAAGGCACCGGCUUCGGCACUGACGCCGGUAACGUGUUUGUGUACGCCGGACCGUACGACCUGAACGUUACCACGGUAACCGACUCCACCAUCACCCUCUCUGUGGGCCCCCUCCCCGGUGGAACGCACCCCGUGACAGUCGUCGUGACAACCCGAGGGCUGGCGUUAUCAAGCGGGGUGACGCUGACUAGUGAAGUGGUGGCCGCGUUGAGUCCAGGGGCGGGUAGCACGGCUGGCGGCACCCCUCUGAAGCUGACGGGUAACGGCUUCCUGUUGGGCAACACCAGCGUGAUGGUGGGUGGCGCCCCCUGUAGGAUCCUGGAGGUAAUGCUAGGAGAGGUGCUGUGCCUGACGCCUCCCCACGCUGCUGGGUCGGUGCAGGUGGUGGUUCAAGUGCUGGAGGUGCAGUACCCUCCUCUCACCUUCGAAUACUCGGGGGCGCUCACGCCACAAGUCACCAGCGUCAGCCCUGCGACAGGGGUCUCCCCGCUGGGCUUCCUGACCUGA